AUGGCAGUGCUAGACGAUCCCACGACAUGGGACGAAUGGGGCAAAGUAGACGACGAGUUUGCUCAGAUGUUGGCAGACAAGGUUGAGCGAAGAUUUCCCCCAGUAGAGCUAGACAAGCUUCCUCAUAUACGAAGCACCUGGAUGCAGAAAUGCAGAGCAGAUAUGAUUCAAAUGCUCGACGGCAACAAAAACCAUGUCACUUCCCAAGAAAUCUCGAUACCACUUUCGAAUGGAGACGAAACUCGCGCUCUAGUAUUCAAGCCAAAGAUGGACACAGGCGGUGAUAAGCCAUUGCUUGUGCUGAUACACGGAGGAGGUUUUCUAUUUGGAGUUGCAGAGAUGGAGGCAGCGGCUUGCAUCAGCGCGACCAGAGAGUAUGGAUGUGUGUCUAUUAGUCUAGACUAUAAGCUGGCGCCAGAAGCCAAGUUUCCUACUGCUUAUAAUGACUGCUGGGAAGCACUGCAAUGGCUUGCCACGAAUGCCUCAACCAUCGGGGCAAGUCCGGCUUCCGGGUUCAUUCUGGGAGGCACAUCUUCCGGCGGGCAAAUGACAGCUGCGCUGUCGCACAUGGCCAGAGAUCAAAGUCUGUCGCCUCCAUUGACUGGCGUCUACCUCAACGUACCUGCAUUGGUGCAACCUUCAUUAGUUCCGCACAUGUACAAACAGAUGUACAAUAGUCGCAAACAGAACGAGGGCAAAACUGGACUAUCAAAAGAAACAAUUCUGAUAUUCGAGAGGGCACUUGAGGCAGACCUGGAGUCUGAGCUGUGGAAUCCAAUGCUGUGGCGCAAUGGGCAUGCCAAUCUCCCCAAGACCUAUUUUCAAGUGUGCGGGUCAGAUGUUCUCCGCGACGAUGCAUUGAUAUACGAAAGGAUAUUGAGGAAAGAAUAUGGUAUCAAAACUCGGCUGGAUAUCUAUCCUGGUCUGCCUCAUGUUUUUUGGUACAUGUUUCCCGGCCACUCCUCUGUUACUAGGUUUCACGAAGAGAGGAUCAAAGGUCUCGGGUGGCUUCUACAACAGUAG